AUGGCAUUCGUGGACGUUGAAGCAAACGACAACUCGAGCCAAAAACGUCCAAUAGCGUUUGUUGCUUACAAACGUGAAUGGUUGUUUGCGCUUUUAAAGCGUCUACACGUUAUGCAGGUUAAUGCUGAACAAAAACAAGCAACGACCGCUCUUGUGGGCGGUAACACUUGCACAAGAUCUCAAAUACAGAAUAGCGAUGCACAAUGUGUUUCCGAUUACUGA